AGAGAGAGAGAGAGAGAGAGAGACAGAGUGAAGCUUCGUCUUCUUUUGAUUCCGUAUAUGUACGUGGGGGAGGACGACAAUGAAGGGCGGGAGUCGGGACUGCAUUUCCUGAAUCCGAGAGAUUCCCGUAAAAGCUGAGUCUCAGAUCGACUGAUUUAUGCAUUUGAGUUGAGUGUUUUCUUGCCGAUUUCACUGUCAAUUUGAUCCCUAUAAGGAAAAAAUAAAAAAGGAACAAGAGAGAGAGGGAAAGAGAGAGAUAUGCUCGGCGGAGGCGAGGGAACGGCGGCGGGUGCGCCCCAGCAGCUGGAAUGGAAAUUCUCGCAAGUUUUUGGCGAACGGGCGGCCGGGGAAGAAGUUCAGGAAGUUGAUAUAAUUUCUGCUAUUGAAUUUGAUAGAACUGGGAACCAUUUAGCUACUGGAGAUCGUGGGGGGCGGGUGGUUUUAUUUGAGAGAAUUGAUACGAAGGAUCACGGUGGAAAUCGCAUGGAUCUAGAGAGGAUGGAUUGUUCAAUCAAUAGGCAUCCUGAGUUCCGCUAUAAAACUGAGUUUCAGAGCCAUGAACCUGAGUUCGACUAUCUUAAGAGCUUGGAAAUUGAGGAGAAAAUCAACAAGAUCAGAUGGUGCCAGACAGCGAAUGGCGCUCUGUUUCUUCUCUCCACCAAUGAUAAAACGAUAAAAUUUUGGAAGGUCCAAGAGAAGAAGGUCAAGAAAGUAUGUGACUUGAACGGUGAUCUUUCAGGAGCUAUAGGAAAUGGCCCGGUUGUUUGUUCUAGUACAUCAACAAGCUCCAAACCGUGCAUGGAGAAUGGAGGAUGUAAUGGGAACCCCUUCAGUUAUUCAAGCAACAAUACUUCACUCCCAGCUGGGGGUAUCCCAUCCUUGCGUCUGCCUGUGGUAGGAAACAGUAAUGAGACAAGCCUUGCAGCUAAAUGUCGAAGAAUCUAUGCUCAUGCACAUGAUUAUCAUAUCAAUUCUAUUUCAAAUAACAGUGAUGGUGAAACUUUUAUCUCAGCGGAUGAUUUGCGAAUAAACCUUUGGAACUUAGAAAUUAGUAAUCAAAGUUUCAAUAUCGUUGAUGUGAAGCCCGCAAAUAUGGAAGAUCUGACCGAGGUGAUAACGUCAGCAGAGUUUCACCCUACUCAAUGUAAUAUGUUAGCAUACAGUAGCUCUAGGGGCUCGAUCCGUCUUAUUGAUAUGCGGCAAUCAGCUCUGUGUGAUACUCAUAGCAAAUUGUUUGAAGAACAGGAAGUGCCUGGUACAAGGUCUUUUUUCACCGAGAUAAUUGCGUCAAUUUCAGAUAUUAAGUUUGCAAAAGAUGGAAGAUAUAUCCUUAGUCGAGACUACAUGACUCUUAAGCUGUGGGAUGUAAAUAUGGAUAGCGGCCCAGUUGCAACUUUUCAGGUUCAUGAAUAUUUAAGACCUAAGCUGUGUGAUUUAUAUGAAAAUGAUUCUAUCUUCGACAAAUUUGAGUGCUGUCUAAGUGGAGAUGGAAUUCGUGUUGCAACAGGUUCCUACAGCAAUAUGUUUCGUGUGUUUGGUUGUUCUGGAGGGAGCACUGAAGCAACAACAUUGGAGGCUAGCAAAAGCCCUAUGAGGAGACAAGUUCAAACACCAUCAAGGCCUUCUAAAUCUCUGGGCACACUUCCCCGAGUUCUCAGGCGAGGAGGAGCUGAUGCCUCUGGAGUUGAUGCGAAUGGAAGUUCAUUUGAUUUCACUACAAAGUUGCUACACCUAGCAUGGCACCCGACUGAGAACUCGCUUGCCUGUGCUGCUUCAAAUAGCCUUUACAUGUAUUAUGCCUAAAGAUGGUACUGGAAGAAAGACUGUUUGCCAGACAAAGCUCUUCUGGUUGCUUUGGCAAAUGCUGCUUUGCCUUGCUCCCCAACCAGUAAUGUUGAAGCUGCACCCUUUUUUUCAGAAUACCUGACCCUAAUAACCCUUGCCUUUCUCCAACCCUAGGAUUCCUAUCUACAAUGUGGAAAUUUUCGAAGUAACUAACCUUUUGCUCCUGGCUAGCUUGGCUUUGCUGUUUCUCGAUAGGCCGAAGAAAAUGUGAGUUGCAUUUCUGCAACGGAAACGAAGUGCGAGAAGAUGCCCGUGCUUAUAGGUUUCACAUCGAUGUGGGUCCUAAACUGAAGCUAGGAGAUGGAAAUAAUAUGGGGCAUCGAUUCUUAUUUCAACCUGGGGGCUUCAACCUUGUAUUAUCUGAAAUUAAAAUUAUAGGCUUCUGAAAAUUUAUCAUGAUUAUUGCUGUCAUAUUUUCUAACCAUUCUUUCUCCUCUUUCAGAAUAUGCUUGAUUUGUUGUGAUAUUUGCCAUAUUGUAAUAGUGACUUAGGAUAGAUCACCUCAUCCGAUGCAGUUUUCCAACCCAAGCAUGUGGGGUUUGACAGAUCUAGUUUUCUAAGGCCUUUACAUUGUAAAAUCAAGGGUUUCUUUUGUUUGGUAUGGUUGGUUCUAUCUUCAUGCAUUCAUGUUUUUUAAAUAAAUGGUUGAAAAAACUUUUCAUUGUUUU